AUGACACACACACAACAAACUAUCCCACUACCCACCCCAGACACAACAAAAUACCCACACUACCCACCCCAGACCCAACAAACUACCCCUACCACCCACCCCAGACCCAACAAACUUUUCCCACCACUCAACCCAGACACAACAAAUUAUCCCCACCACUCAUCCCAGACACAACAAACUAUUCCCACCACCCACUCCAGACACAACAAACUAUCCCCACCACCCGCCCCAGACACAACAAAGUACCCACACCACCCACCCCAGACACAACAAACUAUCCCCACCACCCGUCCCAGACACAACAAAGUACCCACACCACCCACCCCGGACACAACAAACUAUCCCCACCAGCCGCCCCAGACGCAACAAAGUACCCACACCACCCGCCCCAGACACAACAAAGUACCCAUACCACCCACCCCAGACACAACAAACUAUCCCCAACACCCACAUCAGACACAACAAAGUACCAACACCACCCAACCCAGACCCAACAAAUUAUCCCCACCACUCAUCCCAGACACAGCAAACUAUUUCCACCAUCCACCUCAGACCCAACAAACUAUUCCCACCACUAACCCCAGACACAACAAACUAUCCCCACCAUCCGCCCCAGACACAACAAAGUACCCACACCACCCGCCCCAAACACAACAAAGUACCAAUACCACCCACCCCAGACACAACAAACUAUCCCCAACACCCACCCCAGACACAACAAAGUAUUAA